AUGGCGUCCACGGUUGAUGUCCAGAGCCAGCCUGCUCCCCAGGCCGGCUUUGCGAUUAUGUACAAGAAUCCUUACCUGUUUGGUGUUGCUUUGUUCUCGACGCUGGGCGGCCUGCUCUUUGGCUAUGACCAAGGCGUGGUAUCCGGAAUCAUCACCAUGGAGUCGUUUGGUGCCCGGUUUCCUCGUGUAUAUAGUGACAGCAGUUUCAAGGGCUGGUUUGUCUCGACUCUACUGCUAGCCGCGUGGUUUGGCUCGCUGUGUAACGGACCGAUUAGCGAUCGACUGGGUCGAAGAGCUUCCAUGUUCAUUGCAGUUGCAAUCUUCGUUAUUGGCUCGGCGAUUCAGUGCGGCGCUGUCACAAUUCCGAUGCUUUUUGCUGGAAGAGCUAUUGCUGGUCUUGCCAUUGGACAGCUGACCCAGGUCGUUCCUCUUUUUAUAUCCGAGAUUUCCAUUCCGGAGAUUCGAGGCGGACUUGUCGUGCUCCAACAGCUCUCCGUCACAAUUGGCAUCCUCGUCAGCUUCUGGAUCGACUACGGUACCAACUAUAUCGGCGGCACGCACUGCGCCCCUGAUAUCCCCUAUACUGGCGGCACAGCAUCCUCUCGCACAUUCAACCCAUACACCGACAUCCCCGCCAGCGGCCACUGCACCGGACAAUCCGAAGCAUCCUGGCGUCUUCCAUUUUCUCUGCAAAUCGUGCCCGCUCUGAUUCUUGGUAUCGGAAUGAUCUUCUUCCCGGAAUCCCCCCGCUGGCUACUCAUGCAGGAGCGCGACGAUGAGGCGAUUAGCAGUCUGUGCCGGUUGCGUCGGCUGGCUGAGCGCGACCAUCCGGACCUGGUCAAGGAAUUUCUCGAGAUCAAGGCGCAGAUUAUGCUUGAGAAUACUUUUUCGAGAGAGAAAUGGCCGGGGUUGUCGGGUGUGCGUCUGCAUGCUGCGGAGUAUCUGUCGCUGCUCACUACAUGGGCGCGUUUCAAGCGGUUGGCGAUUGGAUGCUGUGUCAUGUUCUUUCAGCAAUUUAUGGGCUGCAACGCAAUGAUAUACUACGCGCCCACCAUCUUCUCCCAGCUCGGCCUCAGCGGCAACACCACCUCUCUCCUCGCAACUGGAGUAUACGGCAUUGUCAACUGCCUCAGCACCUUGCCUGCGCUCUUUCUGAUCGACCGUGUCGGCCGUCGGGGAUUGCUAAUGUCCGGCGCAGUCGGAACGUGUAUUUCCCUAGUCAUCGUGGGCGGAAUCCUGGGAGGGUAUGGCUCUGCACUAACAGACAACAAAGCCGCAGGCUGGACGGCAAUUGCAUUUAUUUAUAUCUACGAUGUGAACUUUUCGUACUCUUUCGCCCCGAUUGGAUGGGUUCUUCCAUCUGAAAUCUUCAAUCUCUCAAUCCGGUCCAAGGCUAUUUCCAUCACCACGUCGGCGACGUGGAUGUGCAAUUUUAUCAUCGGCUUGGUCACACCAGACAUGCUAUCAUCGAUUUCCUGGGGAACAUACAUCUUCUUCGCCGCAUUCUGUCUGCUCGCGUUUGCGUUUACCUUCUUUUGCAUUCCUGAAACUCGGGGCAAGACACUGGAAGAUAUGGACCUCAUUUUCGGUGACACAGCCGCGCAUGAAGAAAAACAGCGCAUUGUGCAUAUUGAAGCGCAGUUGCGUGGGACGCCACUUGUUGAUGACGAUGUGCUCAAGGAGGAUAUUGUGCAGCAGGAGCAUGCGCAUGGUAUGACGCAGUGA